CAAUGGUCUCUACCAGCCACCGCUGCUCUCGCCGCUGAAUCCGUAACGUGCCAUUUUAUUACUAAUGGGCAUAUCUGGAAAUCAAAAUGUCAUCGAUACAAGGGACAGUAUCGCGUUUCUGAGGAUGCCAGCGGUGGAUAUUCAUACGGGUUUCGCCGGAGUAGUGCUGAUUUUGGCCAGUGAAGCUUCCUUGUAGUGAAUCGGAUGAUUGGAGCAGCUGUGCGCUCGCGCUUAGAUUGCAGCUGUCAUUGAUAUUGAACACAGGUGAAGAUGAUGUGUGAGGUGAUGCCAACGAUCAGUGAGGACACGGCGUUGAGUCAGCGUGGCUCUCAGAGCAGCGCCUCUGACCCGGACUCACACUUCGAGCAGCUGAUGGUCAACAUGCUGGACGAGAGAGACCGUCUGCUGGACACCCUGAGAGAGACGCAGGAGAGCCUGGCCCUCGCACAGCAGCACCUGCAGGACGUCAUCUAUGACCGGGACUCCCUGCAGCGCCAGCUCAGCUCCGCACUGCCACAGGAGUUUGCCGCCCUGACGAAAGAGCUGAAUGCCUGCAGGGAACAGCUGCUGGAGAAGGAGGAGGAGAUUUCGGAGCUAAAGGCCGAGAGGAACAACACCAGACUGCUGCUGGAGCAUCUGGAGUGUCUGGUGUCGAGACAUGAACGUUCUCUGCGAAUGACGGUGGUGAAGCGACAGGCUCAGUCUCCCUCUGGGGUCUCCAGCGAGGUGGAGGUCCUCAAAGCCCUCAAGUCCCUCUUUGAGCACCACAAAGCACUGGAUGAGAAGGUACGAGAGAGAUUGCGGGUUUCACUGGAGAGAGUUUCUGCUUUGGAGGAGGAGUUGGCUGCAGCCAAUCAGGAGAUUGUGGCAUUAAGGGAGCAGAAUGCCCACAUUCAGAGGAAGGUGGCGUCAGGAGAUGGGGCAGAGGACCUGUUGGAGGGGACUGAUGCCCAGAAACUUCAUAGCAAGCGUUUGUCGAACGGUUCGAUGGAGUCAGGGGAUGAGGCCAGUCAGGUGGUGGAGCUGCAGGAGCUGCUGGAGAAGCAGAAUUAUGAGCUGGCGCAGAUGAAGGAACGCAUGUCCUCACUGUCCUCUCGCGUCUCUGAGGUGGAGCAGGAGCUGGAGACGGCACGCAAAGACCUCAUCAAGAGCGAAGACAUGAACAACAAGUUCCAGAGGGACAUUAAAGAGGCCAUGUGUCAGAAAGAAGACAUGGAGGAGCGUAUUGUGACUCUGGAGAAGCGUUAUCUGAGUGCCCAGAGAGAGUCCACAUCACUGCACGACAUCACAGACAAGCUGGAGAACGAGCUGGCCAAUAAGGAGGCUUUCCUCAGACAGAUGGAGGAGAAGAACAGGCAGUUGCAGGAGCGGCUUGAGUUGGCAGAGCAGAAGCUCCAGCAGACCAUGAGGAAAGCAGAGACGCUGCCUGAAGUAGAGGCCGAACUCGCACAGAGGAUAGCAGCGCUCACUAAGUCUGAUAUAGAAGCUAAACUCCAGGACAUGAACAGCAGUCUGAGGAAGGCGGAGGAGAGGCAUGGCAGUAUUGAGGAGCGGAUGAGGCAUUUGGAAGGACAGCUAGAGGAGAAGAACCAGGAGCUUCUCAGGGCUCGGCAGAGAGAGAAGAUGAACGAGGAGCACAACAAGCGUUUGUCAGACACUGUGGACAGACUCUUGACCGAGUCCAAUGAACGCUUACAGCUUCACCUGAAAGAGAGGAUGGCCGCUCUGGAGGAGAAGAACGUUUUAAUACAAGACUCUGAAAGCUACAGGAAGCAGUUGGAAGACUCCAUUCAAGAAAAGUCUCAUAUCUCGGAAGAGAUGGAGAAGCUGAGAUCUGAACUGGAUCAGUACCGGUUGAGGGCCGGAUCCCUUACAGAGCCCACGCUUUCACGUUCACAUCUGGAUGCAUCUGGAGAUCUGCGUUUCUCCCUGGGUUCUCUUGCUGAGACACAGUCAGACCAUUAUCGCUCCACCAAGGUGAUCCGCAGGCCCAGAAGAGGACGCAUGGGGCUACGCAGGGAGGAACAGAAGGCCAAGUCUCUGGGAGAGCAUGAAUGGCGCUCUCAGCAGCUUGGCGUUCUGGGUGGCCACCCGUUCGAGAGCGACACCGAGAUGUCAGACAUCGAUGAUGAUGAUCGAGAGACCCUUUUCAGCUCCAUGGAUCUGCUGUCUCCUAGUGGACAUUCAGACGCUCAGACUCUGGCAAUGAUGCUGCAGGAACAACUGGAUGCCAUCAAUAAAGAGAUCCGGUUGAUCCAGGAAGAGAAGGAGUCGACUGAACUGAGGGCAGAAGAGAUUGAGAACCGCGUGGCCAGUGUGAGUCUGGAGGGUCUGAAUCUGGCACGAGUCCACCAUCCUGGAACCUCCAUCACUGCCUCAGCCACCGCCUCCUCUCUCGCCUCCUCCUCACCGCCCAGUGGACACUCCACCCCAAAACUCACCCCGCGUAGCCCGGCCCGAGACAUGGAGCGCAUGGGGGUCAUGACACUGCCCAGUGACUUGCGGAAGCACAGGAGAAAGAUCGCAGCGGUGGACGAGGACGGCCGAGAGGACAAGGCCACCAUCAAAUGCGAGACCUCUCCACCUCCCACACCUCGCCAAGUCCGCAUGACCCACACGCUGCCCGCUUCUUCACACAAUGACGCUCGGCUGACGGCUGCAUUAGAAACAGAGGCCAGUGCUCUCAGCAGUGUAGCCAGCAGUCAGGAUUCACUCCACAAACAGCCCAAGAAGAAGGGCAUCAAAUCCUCCAUCGGUCGACUGUUCGGAAAGAAAGAAAAGGCCAGACUGGGGCAGCUGGGCAAAGAGAUUAUGGGACCAGGACAAGUAGGGAAUGUGUCUGAUCCUGAGCUCAUGGGUCAGGACAUUGCAGUGGGAAAGCUGGGAACGCAGGCGGAGAAAGAUCGCAGGCUUAAAAAGAACGGACACGAAUUGUUGGAAGAAGCCAGAAGAAAAGGGUUACCUUUUGCUCAGUGGGACGGUCCUACAGUAGUCGCAUGGUUGGAGCUGUGGUUGGGAAUGCCAGCAUGGUACGUGGCUGCAUGUCGUGCCAAUGUAAAAAGCGGCGCUAUCAUGUCAGCCCUAUCGGACACAGAGAUCCAGAGAGAGAUUGGCAUCAGCAACCCACUGCAUCGCCUCAAACUGCGCCUGGCCAUCCAGGAGAUGGUCUCGCUCACCAGCCCCUCAGCUCCCCCUACGUCUAGAACCCCGUCGGGUAAUGUGUGGGUAACCCACGAGGAAAUGGAGACCAUGGCCGCCCCCUCAAAAACGAAGUCUGAUUCAGAGGAGGGAAGUUGGUCACAGACACUGGCUUACGGGGACAUGAACCACGAGUGGAUCGGGAACGAGUGGCUGCCCAGUCUAGGCCUACCUCAGUACCGCAGCUACUUCAUGGAGUGUUUGGUGGACGCCCGCAUGCUGGACCACCUGACCAAGAAAGACCUCAGAGUGCAUUUAAAAAUGGUGGACAGCUUCCACAGAACCAGUCUGCAGUACGGCAUAAUGUGUCUGAAGAAGCUGAACUAUGACCGGAAGGAGCUUGAGAGACGCAGAGAAAGCAGCCAGCAUGAUAUAAGAGACGUUCUGGUGUGGAGUAACGAGCGUGUGAUUCGCUGGGUCCAGAGCAUCGGCCUCCGAGACUACGCCAACAUCCUGUUAGAGAGCGGCGUUCACGGGGCGCUCAUCGCACUCGACGACAACUUUGACUACAGCAGCUUGGCCCUGCUGCUGCAGAUCCCCAACCAAAACACUCAGGCUAGACAAAUUCUAGAGAGGGAAUACAACAAUCUGCUGGCACUGGGAACAGAGAGACGAUUAGAUGAGUGUGAUGAAAAGGACUUCAGAGGGCCAUCGUGGAGAAGGCAGUUUCCUCCACGGGACGUCCAUGGAAUCAGCAUGAUGCCUGGUUCGGCAGAGACUCUGCCUGCCGGCUUCCGCCUCACUGCCACCUCCGCGCAUUCACGCAGACUGCCACCAGAGGUUCUGUAUGAGGUGAUGGACGACAGUCCUGACGACAUGUAUUUGGACUGGUUUCAAGUCGGACCUUCAGCAGUACAGCGUCUGGACAGCUCCACUGUGAGGACCUACUCUUGCUGAGAUCUGCGUCUGCGCCACAAGCUACUCUUACCUUCAAGUUGGCCUCAACAAACAAUUCUGACAAGUCACACUGCCAAGAGAACAACACAAGCCUGUGGACCGCAGGGACUGGAGGAGGAGGGCAGAGGAGUGCCGCUCUCCCCCGUCCCGCUCCACCAACUGAGGCCACGACCCCAGUGUCUGCCGUCUUUUACGCCACGUGGCUCCAUCGGCUCAAGUACUGUGUAUUUCUUCUACAGGGGAUGUGUAGGUUCAACUGUAAAUCAUUCUACUGUAAAUAAUGCUGUUUUAUAUAUAAAUACAGAAAUAUAAAUAAAUAAAUAAAUAUAUAUAGAUAUAUCUACUUGUCUGUAUAAAAGGACAAAUAACGCAUUCACGGUUUGUGCACAUCGUGUCCUUUUAUGUCAUCAUUUCAAAAGAUGCUGCUGCUGAUGCUGCUGCUGUACAACUUUUCGCCUACCCCCAACAGACACCUUACACGUGCUCUUACUUUCCUUUCAUUCCCUUGUGCGUUUUAACAUUUGGAAACAGAGUCUACAUCGCACCGCUCAUCUUAGCAACCAGCUCAAAUAUAUCGCAUGCUGUUGAACAGCGUUCACAAUCACUGACACGCCAAAUGCAACGCUCUGCAGUCAUUCGUUCCACCGCAUUGCCACAAAAACCUACUAUGGCCAACAUUACGAAAGCACUGCGUUCAAUUGCAGGAAACCCACCAAUCAUCCCUAACACCCGCACACCAAAUUGACACUUUUAAUACUUCUUAACGCUCUUUCAUUUCAUUAACCAUCUCUUACAACACAUCACAAAUGCCAAUCCAUCUUUUCUAGUACUGUGCGUUAAAGGGAAACGUCAGCAAAACAUCAACACCCGCACACUUUCUUCUUCACAACACAAAAACACCAAGGAACUCUCUACCAUGCACAGCACAAACUACAAUCAGUGGCUGCACAUUUUCUAUUCUCAUUACAUUACUAAUCAACACAAGCAACCGACUCAAACACACUUUCCGCCAGGUCAAUAAAUCAACUCCAGUUUGCCAAAUUCAGACGCUAUCCCUUUAACAACCUCACCGAUUGGCCAGAGUAUAGCACACGCCUUCAUCUUCAAGCACACGCUCAUUUUCUCAGAGAACACUGAAAACACAAAAACUCAUUUUUCAUCAACAAAUUCUCCUCCGUCAUCGGGAGCACAAAAUCUAGGUUUGCUCCGUGGCCCAUUGGAGCGUCCUGCCGCUUUUCAUCAUGGGAAACUCCUGAAGGACAGGUUUAGCUCAUAGUGAACGUAGACUUACUUGCUGUGACUUACUUUGGUGUAAAAAAUGUUUCCUGCUCGGGGGACGUCAGUUGUACAGCCCUUCGCUUCCUGUCCUUUGGUUAUUUCUGACACGGUUUCUACAUUGUUUUGCACGCACAGAGAACUCUUUUAUUUUGUGUCCAUUUUUUAUUACUGAUUGUAUUUUGGUCAAAACUAUGUGGUGAUCAAACAACUUUUCAUUGUCAAUAAAAAAUACAGUCCAA